AUGGAGAAGAUCGGAAACAAAGUUGCUGCUGCUGUCUACGAGGCAAACAUCCCCGCUUGGGUCGAGUAUCCCUCCGAGCAUGAUGAUCGCUCUACUCUUGAGGCUUGGAUCGAGGCAAAGUAUGUCAAGAAGGAGUACUUUUCAGAGAUCGAGUUUGUCAACAUCAUGGAGGCUGCCUCUACCACACAGACUUCUGCUGCUACCGCUGCCCCGUUGCUUGAGCACGGGAACGGCUCGGCGCCGUCCACACCGUCCAUCGUGACCACCACCGCCGGAGACGGCAGCUCGCCCGGCUCGCGCGAGAGCUCACCGGAGCUUGGGGAGUUGUCGCCGACCUCGGCCUCGAUCUUCCAGCAGCGGAUCGGCGUCCGUCGCGCAAGCUCGGCGUCGCUACGCAAGGUCCAGGCCAUGGCCAAGAACGCAGCUGCGGCGGCGAGUGCCAGCGAAAACGGCGGCGGCGAGAACGGCGAGAGCGGCGAGAACGGCGAGUGUGACGGCGAGGGGGAUACCGGGGGCGAGGACGAGCGCUGCGGCUGGCUUUUCAAGCGCGGCGGGCGAUGGAAGAACUGGAAGCGGCGGUGGUGCGUGCUCCGCGACGACAAGCGGAUCUACUACUACGAGUCGCCCGAGGCGACCGAGCCCAAGGGCUCCAUGGACUGCACCUCAGGCAUCUUUACCGAGGCUGCCGAGUCCAAGUUCAACAAGCCGUACGCCUUUACCAUCCACGCCCAGGACCGAACCUGGGUCCUCCACGCCGAGUCCAAGGAGGACCGUACAAAGUGGAUCACCUACCUGUUCAAGGUGGCGCUCGGCAUUGACCUCGACGCGUCGCUCGGCACGUCGCGCGCAGAGGGCGAGGCCGCCGCCACGUCGACAACCGACGUCCUCGACGAGCUCUCCGACUCGGACUCGGACGACGAGCCCGAGUUCCCUUGGCUCGACGAGCCAUCACCCGGCGGGUUCAUGGCCAAGGGUGGGAACGCCGCCAAGGCCGUCGCGCCCUUUGCCGACCGCCCCGACGCGCCCUCCCACGUCUUUUAUGUCCGUCUCACCGAGUCGCUCGGUGAGACGCCCAUCCGCGCCGUCCUCGCCUGCCACGACACCGGCAUUGUCGUCUACCGCGCCGUCCUCGCCAAGCAGGGCGAGGCGCGCAUCCUCUACCAGGAGCCAUGGUCGUCUGUCUGGCUCGUUCACGUCCGCGAUAUCCCGGGCUUUGUUCGCGCCUCCUUUGCCCUUAUUCUCGACGCCGUCUCGGUCCUCAUCGCCACACCGACCCCGGCGUGCAAGGCUCAGCUUGCGGGCGUCUUUGCCUCCUUCCUCCGCCGCGCAGACUCGGACGCCGCCCUUGAGUCUGCUGCCACCCGCGCUGCCGCCGCAGACGCCAUCCGCGCUGAACUCGACGCCGGCGUUGCCUUUCCCACCUCGCUUUGCGGCGCUGCCUCGGCCGACUCGCUACCCACCCUCCAGAUCCAGACCCUCGCCUUUAACGCCCUCGCUGCAUCGCUUGGCCUCCCGCCGCUCGACCUGCGUGAGGACGCCGCGUCGUCGGAGCCCAUCCCGGCUCGCGCCCUCCCUGCUCUCUGCGACGAGCUCGCCUUUUCGAAGAACGAGCUCGCCGAGAUGAACCACCAGCUCACCCACGCUCGCCAACUCCUCGAUGAGAAGCGCGCCGCCCGCGCCGCUGCUGCUGCCGCUGCUGCCGCCGACGCCGCCUGGAUUCGUGUCCUCGACGCCACCCGCGACGCCUACUACUACUACCAUGCCGAUACGCACAAAGUCGCGUGGCUCAAGCCCGAGGCCGCAAGUGAGGGAGAGGGCUUGAACGUUGCCGAGGCCAACAGCAAUCCUGAACUUGCCCUCGACGAGCUUGACACCUCACCGAUCGCUCUGGCCUCGCCGGCCACCAGCGCACCAGCUACACCUGGCGCGCCGGGCAUUCCAGGCACGCCAGGCACACCAAGCACACCAGGCACACCGGGCACACCAGGCACGCCAGGCACGCCGGGUACACCGGGGUCGGCUGGCAAGAAAGACAAGAAGGCGAGCAAGACCAAGGACAAGACCAAGGACAAGGCCAAGGACAAGACCAAGGACAAGACCAAGUCCAAAGACAAGUCCAAAGACAAAUCAAAGUCCAAGACCAAGUCGAAAGACAAGAGCAAGGCGCAAGCGCCAGCAGAAUCCCAGGCCGAGACACAGGAGGAGUAG